CCUAUCUUUACUUGCUUUCUAUCACCAGAGACAUCCACACCCACCACCACCAUGGUCAAAGCAAUCCGAGUUCGUCAACACGGUGGCCCUGAAGUCUUGAAAUGGGAAGAUGUGGAAGUUGGAGAUCCGAAAGAAGGAGAGAUCCGGUUGAAGCAUAAAGCAAUUGGAAUUAAUUUCUUAGACGUUUAUAUGCGUAAAGGUCUGUAUGAAAGCUCCCCUCCUCUGCCAUUUAUUCCAGGUAUGGAGGGAGCCGGAGUUGUAACAGCAGUCGGUGCCGGAGUAACCACCUGCAAAGUCGGAGAUCUUGUGGCUUACGGUGUGUUGGACGUGGGUUCUUACUCCGAAGAGCGAAUACUUCCGGCAGAUCGAGCGGUGCCGGUUCCUUCUUACAUUGAUCCCGUUGUAGCAGCUUCCGUCAUCUUUAAGGGAUUAACUGCACAAGUGUUGGUCCGUCGUAGCUUUAAGGUUGAACGUGAGCAUACUGUUCUUGUCCACGCGGCUGCCGGUGGAGUCGGAUAUUUAGUUUGUCAGUGGGCAAGUUCCGUCGGAGCCACCGUCAUCGGAACUGUGUCGACCAAGGAGAAGGCUGUGCAGGCCAAAGAAGAUGGGUGUCAGCAUGUGAUUCUUUACAAAGAUGAGAACUUUGUGGAUCGUGUGAUGGAGAUAACUUCCGGCAAAGGGGUGGAUGUUGUCUACGAUUCCGUCGGCAAAGACACCUUUGAUGGAUCUUUGACCUGUUUAAAACCUCGUGGACUUAUGUGCCAUUUCGGAAUGGCAUCCGGUGAACCGGAGCCGAUAGCUUUUGCUAAACUUUCGAGCAAAUCGUUGUUCUAUACUUUUCCGGCACUGAAGGCGUACACCGAUGAUCGAGAGGAGUUGGUUGCAGCUGCUGAAGAGUUGUUUUCUUGUGUUGCAAAGGGAGUUUUGAGGGUUCGUGUGAAUCACAAGUAUCCUUUGAGUCAAGCUGUUCAAGCUCAUGUUGAUCUCGAGAGCCGAAAAACAACGGGUUCGGUUGUGCUCAUUCCAGACGAGGAGUAAACGUCUUAUAUGCUUUGUUUGAAUACCUUUCCAAGUGUGGUUGAAUUAAGCGAUGCUUAAUAAACUAGUCGAUAAUGUAAUGGUAAUUAAGUUAAUAAAUUAUUUGAAUUAAGCUCUUAAACU